AUGGAGACUAACGGACGCUGGACUCGAGAAAGUCUAAACAACGCUUUCAAAGCAGCGCAGAACGAUCCCUCUAAAGUCUUCCUAGACUCCCUCGGCCGGAGGGCAUUCCGUUUUGAGAACACCGUCAUAAAGUACGGUGCAUCCGUGGAUACACAGGAAGCGCAAACACUAUGCUUUAUCCAAAGAUCUGGCUUAGGAAUACCCGUUCCUGAGGUCUAUGCAUACGGGAUGUGUGAGAAAGUGGGGUUCAUUGAGAUGGAGUUGAUGGAAGGCGACACCUUGGAAGAGAUAUGGAGUCAACUCUCAAAGGACGAAAAGCUCAACAUUGCACAACAACUACGUGAAAUUGUGUCUCGACUACGUUCGCUCGAGGGAAGUUAUAUUGGCUCGUUGGACCAACGCCCUGCGGUUGAUCCUCGUCGAAAUCGGCAUCGUGGUGGUCCCUUUGAGACCGAGGCGGCAUUCAAUGAAUUCCUGCUCAGCGACACUAUAUCUACGACCCCACCGAUUUACUGUAAGAUGCUGCAAGAUCUUCUCUCAACCACGAAACACAGGAUUUUGCUCACACGCGGAGACCUGAGCCCGACAAAUAUCGUCGUGAAAGAGGGUCAGAUUGUUGGCAUCAUUGACUGGGAGUUCGCAGGCUGGUAUCCGGAACACUGGGAAUUUGUCCAGUUCUUCCGAGCUUUGUACGCCGACUACCGUGACUACGCCGAUGUGAUAUUCGAAAAAGUAUAUUCUGCCGAGCUUAUGGUCGAUCACUUUCUGGGGCAUUUGACGCGGCAUUAG